UCUUUAUUUUUCCAGACGGGUGACUCGCUCGGGAAAGGAAUUCCCCCCUCCCCAAACCAUCAUAAUACCUAUAUAUCGAUGCCAUAGAUCCAGGCCCAUCCUGUUGUGCUGGGAUAGUCACGGUUAUUUUUGGGUGCUUUACGGGGGUGGUACCCCAGGGGAGGUGAUGUGGGGGGGUGCUCAGCUGCCUUCUCCCAGUCCACAUCCCCCCUCUCCCGGAUUCCUCCCCACCCCCUCCCAGUCUUCCCUGCCUGAGUUCUGGGAGGAGGGAAGGAAGCCUGCUAGGCCAGGGUAUAAAUAACUCAGGUGGUUACUCAGCUCCUGAGAACAUGAUAACAUGAGUCAUGAUGUGAAAUCAAGAGGAGCAGAGAACAGCCUUGGGCCACCGCCCGGGGCAGGGCAGUGGGCCUCAAGGGAGAGGGGGUCUGGAACCCCGGGCGCUGGCAGUGGGCAGGGCCCAGAAGGACAGGGGAAGCCGCUGCCCCAUGUGAGGCAUCAGACACACCCCACCCUGGCUCAGAUGCCAGGUUCUUACCUGGAGCUGUGGGCCAGGGGAGGGGGCCUGGGCUUCCUUGCCAAGGCCCUCCCUGAGCUGGGAAGAGGAAAGAGGGCAGGACCCCGAGUGAACAUCAUUGGUCCUCUCCCUGUGCCUGUCACAGGUCAGCGGGAAGAUCAGGUCCAUUGGAACCUGUCCCCUCCCCCAUCUCCAAGGCAGAUAGCCCAAGGAGUUCCCAGAGCCUCAGCACAACUUGCAGGAAGGACUUGCAGCACUCAAGGUGGGGGGAAAGCUUCCUUCUCCCUCCCGGGGUGGCUUGGAAUCCAGGACAGUCCCCACCCCCUUUUGGCUGCCUGGCCACAGCGUGGGCAUGAGGUGUGGGUGCAGAAACAGGACACCACCAGGGAGCCCUGGCCUAGCCCGAGUGAGGAGCCCAGGCUGCAAGGCGGGGCUGCUGGCCCCAUCCUGGGCUCUGGCACUUGGGGUCAGAAGCCAGCCCCAGCCCCUGCCCACUCACCCGGGGAAGUCCUCCGCUUCAGGCUCGCCUCCAGAGCGGGCAGGCUCGGACCCUGGGUUGCCAUGGCAACGGGUUCUGGAGCCUGCGCGAGCAGAGCCACCUUCUUCUCUGUCCCCCCUGCAGCCGCCUGGCCUCGCUGGGAGAGGGCCUUUGCCAGGGUGAGGGCCCACGGCACCUGUCCCGGUGAGAGGGCCAUGGGCUCGGGCCCAGCUAAGGGCUGCCCACCCAGGCCGGGAAUCGGGACAUACACAGGGCAUCUGGGUGGCCUUGGGCAGCUCGUUGCCUGGGUCUGAGCCUCAGGCCCCUGGCCUGGAAAAUGGUAGACUAGGGAGGGGGGCUAAUGGCUUCUCUUGGCUGUCCUGAGACAGUCACCCAGCUGAGCAGUUGCCACCCAAGAGCCCCCUUCCUCAUCUACGAGGCAUCUCUUUCCCAUCUUGGGUCUUACUGCCCAGGGCAGCAUCCCCAGAGUCUGCACCCACCCCACCUGACUCUGUCCCUAGGACCCUGGGCCUGGCUCACCCCACCCGCCCCCCACCCGCCACCUCUGCUUGCCCAGACAGCUUGGCAUGGCUCAGACCCAGCCAUUCAAUGGACAGCCUGCCCUCUGGCCCCUCACAAACAAUGGGGACUCCAGGAAUAUUGUCCCGCCUGAGCUGAAUCAAACGCUCUAAAUUUAGCCCAUCUGAUGCGUCCUCUGCUUCCUGCCCCUGCUGCCCUGCUUUCAAGGCGAUGAGGUCACCCCGGAACUGCCUGCCCCAGCAGCCAGACCCAGGGGGUUUCCAGGUCCAAGGCUGCUCCCCUGCCCUUGGGGAACGGGGUGCCAGGGGACCAGGGGCCACGGGUCUUCCCUCCCUGCCUGCCCUGCCUCUCGGGCCUCUGGGCCCAGGGAAGAGUCCCUGUGAAUUUUAGCCCCAAUCUGGAUGGGGACAAGCCAGGGAGGCAGGGGCAGGUGAGCUUCCGGGGGAGAAGCACAUGUUGAAGAUCCAAGGGCCUGGGGCACGAGGAAGACCCACGAGGGCUCUAGUGGUUCGCUGAGUGCUGGCUGCAUGCCGGGCCCAGCGCCGGGUGAAGAGUGGACCUGCCCUCCCGGAGUGGACAGUACAGAGGAGGAAGGACAAUCAGCAAAACGCUGCCCUUCCUAGAAUUCCACACCUGCAUCUGGAAUGACUCUGCUGCCCCGUGGACCCUGGAGAAGGAGGCCCGAGGAGGAUCAGGGGACCCAGCAGGGUGGAGGUGACCAUGACAGGCCUGGCCUGAGAGAGGUCAAGGGGGGCCAUCCUGAUCCCUGGCUUUGAGAAGAAUUCUUAGCCCCAAGGAGCGUCUGGCUGUGGCAGACAAGUCUGUGACAGGUUGCGUUUUCCAGAGAGAACCACAGCGUCUCCCAUCCCACACACUCUUACGGCGGCGCAACACCGAUGCUCCUCUUCUUUUGGAUCUGGAUAGACUUGCAUUUGCAGAAGCGAUGCUCUGUGGCUUCCAAGCUAGGGAUCUCUCCUUGGCUGGAAUGGAAUUACUGGGUCAGUGAGUCACACACGUUUCUGGCACACUUGGUCAAAGUGCUUGCCAAAGGACCCGAGCUGUGCCCCCUCUCCAGAUAAUGGGCACCCACUGUGUGCCAGGGGGCAGGCGAAGUUACUGGAGAUGGAUCCCUCAAUGAACAAAACAGACAAAACCCCCUCCCCUCAAGACCACUCCUCCCAAAGAGGGAGAGAAGGAGCAAGCUGGAGGACACUGUGUUCUCCUUUGCCUCUGCCCUGGGCUGUAUGCAAAUCCAGGCACUUAUUUGCAUAUCCUUGAUUUGCAUACCUGAGCAGAUUCUCCUACUAUUAACAUCCAACACGACUGGGCUGCAUUUACCAGAUUGAAGACAUUCACAGGGAUACAACCUUGCAAACCACAGUCUUUAUUCCGAUGUCACCAGCUCUGUCACCGAUGUCCUUUCCCUGUUUCAGAAGCCGUCUAGGCUCCCCAUGGCAUCUGGCCUUCAGGUCACCUCAGUCUUUCCCGACCUUGACACUUGAGGAUGCUACUUGGCUGUUUUAUAGAAUGGCUCUGUUUUGUUUUUUGGAACAGCUUUAUUGAGAUACCAUACAGAUACCGCUGUACAAUUCCUCACGUUUAAAGUGUGCAAGUCACCGAUGUGGGGUUUAAGGCAUUGUUAAACUUCUCAAAUUGUAAU